AUGGGAAAAAAGGGGGGAAAGGGGAAUCGAGGGUUUCCGAUGAAGACGCAUGGGUUCAACCGCUCGUGGUCGUGUUCCUCUCACUACUUUCAAGGCAGGCGAGAUUCCGAAUUCCCUAGGUGGCAUAUAUCGAAGACGCAGUGGGUAAAACGUAUUACGUUUUCGUCUAUCGGGGUUUCACGGCAUGAACACAAUGGAAUCGCUGCUUCAUUAUUACCCAUCCAAAAAGAAAAGCCACUCUCAUUGGAUGAUCGUCAUCGGAAGGCGUCAAACAUCAUUGUGCCAUACAUCAAAAUUUAUCCUGUUACAGGUACCGAUUAUCAUAUCAACCAACCCUCGCGUGCAACUCUAUUAUUGUCAAAAAAGAAUAAGAGAGCGGGUCAAAUCAGAGAACGACGACAAACUCCAAAAGUGCAAUCAAUUGAACUCAAGGAUAGGAAACGAAACGACAGGUGCACAGGUGCAUUGAAUUGCGCGUUGAGAUCUUCAGGAUCAGCGUCCUUGUUAUUGGGAGAGCGAAUGAAGUAUGAGAUUAGUGAUUGUUUUUCUACGCGUAAAUUAUGA